CCCUUCGCAGCUCAUCAGUUGUGCAACGAGACUCGAGGAUUUAAGACCAUCUAUCCCGAAAAACAUCUGAAUAAUGACAGUCUCAUUGAUGAAGAACCUCCUUGGCAGGCUUUAGUGAUCAAAAUCCUUUCUACUAGAGCUCAACAUCCAUUCAAUACCUUCAAUUGGAAUGCUCUGAAUCCACUAUGGUCGUUCUUAAACAUCAUCACAACCAGCACACCAAUCUAGUCAUAUUCUUUUUGAAAAUUCUGGCUCUUGUAACUAGCGCUUUCAGCCAACUGCAUGGAAGUACUCGUGAUCUCAACAAUAAACAUGGCGUAUUCUUUCUUAACGUGGAAGAUGGCUUCUUUGGGUGCCAAGUCAACGCUUCCGUGGAUGUUUUGCAAUUAUUUGAAAUAUCAAAGCUAUGUGAUGGUAUUUCUGAUUGUUUUGAGGGUUCAGAUGAAGACAACCCCUACACAAAAUGCACAAACGAUUGCCUCUAUACCACUGGUCGAAAUUGUCAACAUGGGGCAUGUUUAGACUCUCAAUGCUAUUGCAACGAUGGCUAUGGAGGCAAAGGCUGUGAUAUGCCUGAUACCAAUGAGUGCAAAUAUCGUCCAUGCGAUGUUUUUGGAUAUUGCACAAACACUUUAGGAAGUUUCUUCUGCUCGUGUAACGAUGGCUAUGAGGGCGAUGGCCUCCAUUGCACUGAUAUUGACGAAUGUCAGAUUCCUGAAUAUUUCAACUCCUGUGUGACGAAUGCAGAAUGUUGCAAUCUUCCCGCUCAUUACUUAUGCAAAUGUAAGCCGGGAUUUGAAGGCGAUGGCAAAGUGGAAUGCCGAGAUAUUGACGAAUGUCUUUCAAAUCAGGCUUGCGGAGUCAAUACUCUUUGCACUAACACAUUUGGCAAUUACACUUGCGAAUGCCUAUCAGGAUUUUAUGGAAAUCCAUUCGAUGGGUGCGCAGAUAUAGACGAGUGUAAAUCACAGCCAUGUGGAGUGGGAGCCAAAUGCACCAAUCUUCUUGGGUCCUACAUAUGCGAGUGCCCUUCAGGACUCACGGGUGAUCCAUACGCUGGGGUGUGUGAGGCAAGCGUUAAACCUUCAGUGGAACAUGGAGGGUGCAACUCACAGUCAUGUGGUCGAAAUGCAAGGUGCCAAAACUCCAAAGAUGGGAUCGUAUGCUCGUGUUUAGACGGUUUCACGGGCGAUCCCAAACACAGUUGUUAUGAUAUCAACGAAUGUCAAAUCAACUCAUUUAAGCAAUGUGGUGUUGGUGCUAUUUGCAUCAACCAAUCCCCUGGAUAUCGUUGUGAGUGUCCAGUGGGAUACAGUGGAGACGGAAGGUUUUCAUGUGAACCCAUCAAGGUUCGGACCACUUGUGCUUCAGACUUUGAUUGCACCAAUAAUGCUCAAUGUCAACCAAAUGGGAUUUGCGAGUGCCGAAAUGGAUUUGUUGCAACUGGAAUUUUGUGUGAAGAUAUAGACGAGUGCGCAGAUGAGCUUGCAUCUCCAUGUGGAUCAAACUCGAUCUGUUUAAACAUCCAAGGGAGUUUUGAAUGUGCUUGCAUUUCUCCCUUGGUAGGAAAUCCACCCACAACACCAUGCAACGAUCCGUGUGCCCAAGUGAAUUGUGGCCAACAUGCUAAUUGUCAAAUUGAAGGAGUUGAAGCCUUUUGUGUUUGCGAAGAGGGAUGGACAUACAACCCGAAAGAAAUAUCUGCAGGAUGCAUAGAUAUUGACGAGUGCGAUAAAGCCUUAAGCCCGACUGGACGUUGCGGAGCCAACUCAGUUUGUUCCAACAGUCCUGGCUCAUACAGUUGUGAUUGUGAGUCAGGAUUCAAUGGUGAUCCUCAUCAAGGCUGUUUCGAUAUUGACGAAUGUUUUAACAACCCAUUGAUAUGCGGUCGAGAAGCCAAAUGCACGAACCUGUUGGGCUCCUAUGCCUGUGAGUGCUACAAUGGAGAAGGAUUCGACCUUGUUAGGAAGACAUGUGAAAGAUCGUCUUGUCGUUCAAAUGAAGAUUGCUUGGGUCACUCAUCUUGUGUAGAAGGGAGAUGUCAAUGUCUAGAGCCGUUCAUUGGACCUAAUUGUGAAGAUCCUUGCGAGUUAACCACCUGCUACCCCAAUUCUCAUUGCACCAUCGCAAAUGGGUUAGCCAAAUGCCAGUGUAGUCUUGGAUUUUCGCUGAGUGAUGGGAACCGUUUUUGUGGGGACAUCAACGAGUGUGUUGGAAAUCCUUGUGGGAGAGGAGCGAUUUGUGAGAAUACAAUUGGAUCAUUUUACUGCCAAUGUCCAAAAGGUCAAACGGGCGACCCAUACCUACAAUGUGUCGGAAAGAAUGCAAACGAAUGUCAAAAUGAGUCUGAAUGUGGCAUUGGAGAGACCUGUCUCUCCUCCUAUUGUAUAUGCCGUAGAGGAUACGCUCAAAGUGAUUCCGGGGAUUGUCAGGAUGUCAACGAGUGCCUUUCGGGCAAUCCGUGUGGAAUAAAUGCCGUUUGCAGAAAUCUUCCUGGAAGUUAUAGUUGUGAGUGCCCACCAACGUAUCAAGGGAAUCCCUACACUAGCUGCCAGAAAUGCUUGGAUGGAAAAUGCGGAUGCCCACCUCCUUAUUUGGAAAGGAGUGGGGAAUGUCAUUUGCCAAAUUGUCAAAAUUGCCCAACUCCUGCCAAAUGUAUCGAGAUAACCGGGGGAAUCAGUUAUUGCGCUUGUCCAACGGGUUACAACAUGAAUGGCGAGACCAAUCAAUGUGAGGAUGUUGACGAGUGCCAGGCUUUUUCGAACUCGCCAUGCGCCGGUCACGCUCUGUGUUCCAACACCCCAGGUUCCUAUCUGUGUUCUUGCCCCCCUUAUCAUGAAGGUGAUCCUUAUCAAGGCACGUGCUUCCCAUUAAGAGCGGAAUGCAAAGCCUCGUCAGAAUGCCGACAAAAUGAGGAAUGCUUGGACGGAUCCUGCAUUUGCUCACCCCCUUUCUUCGUUGAUACAUCCAGUGGCAACCGAUGUCGAAGUCCUUGCCAUCGUUUUAGUUGUGGAUUCAACGCAGAAUGUACGCCCUCCAACCCGCCUCAAUGCCUCUGCAAAGCUGGUUUCACAGGAAAUCCGCUCUCAGGAUGCGAAGAUCUUGACGAGUGCAUCUUCAAUCCUUGUAAACAAGGGAGUAUCUGCAUCAACAAACAAGGGACUUACGAAUGUGAGUGUUCCCAUGGGUCAAGUGGAGAUCCUUAUGUGACCGGUUGUUCGGGUUCAAGGUCUACAGAAUGUCAAACCGAUGAUCAAUGUAAUGGCCAACUAGCAUGCAUCGAGAGUCAAUGUCGAAACCCUUGUUCCUCUGUUCCUUGUGGCACCAAUGCACACUGCGUUGCCGAGAAUCAUGCCGCUUGGUGUCGUUGUAAAAGUGGAUUCAGUGAGAAUUCUCAAGGACAAUGCGUUUCGCUUUGUGAGGGAAUGAAUUGUGGUCAUAAUGCCAAAUGUAUCAUCUCGUUCUCCGGACCCACGUGCCAAUGUUUGGAGGGAAUGGUCGGAAAUGCAUUCCCAGGAGGAAAGUGCUCACCAGCAGCUUGUUCUUCACCAGAGGCGUGUCUAGAACCACAUCAGAAGUGUCACAAGGGCGAAUGCCGCACCAAAUGUGGCAAUCAACUUUGCGGGCAGGGUGCAGUUUGCGAUCCAAACCGGCGAACAUGCUCUUGCAGUCGCGGCUUUUUGGGGGAUCCAAACUUGGUUUGUGUUCCUCCUUCCCAACCUGCAGUGUGCGACCCUCCUUGUGGAAAAAAUACCCAUUGCUCUUACAAUGAGCCCAAUACGUGUGAGUGUAAUAGGGGUUACUUUGGAAACCCUUACAUUGGUUGCUCUGAAAACGAAUCGAAGGACUGUACGAACUUGAAAUGUGGGCAGAAUGCCAUUUGCACGUUAGUGUCUGGAGAGCCACAAUGUCAAUGUCGACGGGGCUUUGACGGAGCGCCAUAUCAGGUGUGCCAUGAUGUUGAUGAGUGCUUGUUCUCCGUUUGCGGAGACAAUACCCAAUGCUUCAAUACUCCUGGUGGAUACGACUGCAUUUGUCUCAAUGGAUUUGUGGGAAAUCCGUUUGAAGCUUGUCUACCCGCCAGGUCUAACUCUACUGAAAUUAAGGAUCAAGAUGAUUUGUGUGUACAGCAAAAAUGCGGCCCAAAUGCUAUAUGCAGCCUGGGACAAUGUCUUUGCGCCACUGGGUUUAAAGGAGACGAUCCCUACAACAUAUCUGAGGGUUGCUCUUCACUGGCUAAUUGUGAGACUAGUGCUGAUUGUGGCUAUAAUGAGAUUUGUUCAAUCAUCGCUCAUAGUGGGCAAAAGUUUUGCUCUGACCCUUGUCGAGAAGCUAAUUGUGGCCCUAACUCAUUAUGCGUCACCGACAACCACCAAAAAAAUUGCAUAUGCCAAACUGGCUUCACCGGAGAUGCCAGCGAUCUGAUUGCAGGCUGUCAGCAAGAAGAGGCGUGCUCCUCCCACGAAGAUUGCCCAGAAGGGCGUACCUGUCACAUCAAUCUAAAUGGAGACAAAACGUGCUUGGACCCUUGCAAGAUCAUGUCCUGCCCCAUCAAUGAGGAUUGUUCAGUGGAACAUGAUAUUCCUGUGUGUAGAUGCAAGCCUGGAUACCAGAAAAACACACCAACUGGAUCGUGUGCUCCUCUUAAGGCUUGCCAAUCAAGUGAGGAUUGUGGUUUGGGCAAAGUUUGCCAUGAAGUCACUUACGGAACUAAUUCAUGCGUUCCUGCUUGCGACUUGGUGGAUUGCCCAAAAGGAGCCAAUUGUGUUGUCCAAGAUCAUCAAGCGUUUUGUCGAUGUAGCAAUGGAUACCGCGGCAACCCUGAUGAUCGCCAAGGAUGUGUUCCCAUUAGCCCGAAGGCGUGUUCAACCAAUUUUGAGUGCUUAGAAUCUGAGGUUUGCAAGGAAUUCCAAGGUACUUCGUCUUGCCGCUCAGCUUGUCAGUUCUUACAAUGCGGUAAAGGAGCCGUGUGUGUGGUGAAGAACCAUGUCGGGAAGUGUGUAUGCCCAGUCGGAUUGUACGUAGGAGAUCCAAACACCGAUGGUUGCCAGAAAGUGAACUGUGUCGAAAAUGAAGAUUGCAAAGGAACAGAAAUUUGCGAUCGCUUAUCUUAUACUUGCAUGAACCCAUGCAGUGAAGAUUCUAAGAACGUAUGCGGCGACAACGCACUUUGCUCAGUGAAUGAUCAUCAACUACAAUGCCAGUGCAUUCCCUCUUACAUACCCGCACCUGACCCUUUCAUCAAGUGUGAGAAAAAUGAUCGAGGGCAAACAUGCCCUUACAAUCAAUGCCAAACUACUUGCAGCUCAGACAAGCAUUGCCCUCCAUUGCAUUUCUGUAAUUCCGGAGUUUGUAUAACAGGAUGCUCCUCUUCUCAGGAUUGUGAAAAUGGUUUAGUAUGUUCAUCAGGGAGAUGUCAAGAUCCAUGCACCUCAACUUGUGGGCCGAAUGCGUUGUGCACUCCAUCCGAUGACCAAGUUUGUCAAUGUCCUGAGGGAUUUGCAGGGGUUCCAACAGCCAUUCAAGGGUGCGUGAGAAUACCAUCUCCAUGUUCUCCGACGUGUCCAAAUGCCAGCCGAUGCUUCAAUGGAUAUUGCAUGCCUGAGUGUACAACUCAUGGAGAUUGUGCCCGUGGCGAGCAAUGUUCUCAAGAUAUGUGUUUAAAGUUAUGUCAUACGGACAAAAACUGCUUACAGGGAGAAAUAUGCCGAAAUAAGUUUUGUGAGCCUGGAUGCCGGGUUGACUCGGAUUGUCGUCUUGGAGAAUUAUGUAACAAUGGAAAUUGUCAAUGCCAACUAGGAUACAAGCAAUCUCCAGAUGGUUGUUCAGAUGUAAACGAAUGCCAGGAUAAAAGUGUUUGUCCUAGCUCUAAGAUUUGUGCCAAUACGCCUGGAUCAUUCAUAUGCUCGUGUCCAACCAAUCAAGUCUCAGACGGCAAUGGAGGUUGUAGAUCACCCGAUCAAUGCACAACCGAUUCCAAUUGUGAUCCGUUUUUAGCUUGUCACAGGGAUGAGAUUACAGGCAUCAAGAAGUGUUUGAACCCAUGUGACAUUUCUUUUUGUACAAGUCGAGCUACAUGUUCUGUAAAAAGCCACAAGCCCUACUGCUCUUGCCCUCCAAGACAUCGUGGAGACCCAUCAAAUCCGAAUAUCGGUUGCUAUGAAGUCGAAUGUGAUGAAACAUCGGAUUGCUCACAAACGCAUAUCUGUGAUCCAAACACCUUUAAGUGCAGAGACCCAUGUGAUGGCCUAAAUUGUGGUUACGGAACAUGCAGAACGGAAAAUCAUAUUCCUACAUGUUAUUGCCAAACUGGUUAUGCUGUGGUGGAAUCAACAUGCUUUGACAUCGAUGAGUGUACCGAUAGUAACCCGUGCCACCAGAGUGCAACUUGCACCAAUUUGGAAGGGUCCUUCAUUUGCUCGUGCCCUUUUGACAUGGUGGGAGAUCCUUUCCAACAAGGAUGUAAAGUGAAGGGUUAUUGCGAGUCCAACAGCGAUUGCUCAUCUGAUACACGUUGCGAGAACAGGCAAUGCAUCAACCCAUGUGAGGGCUUCUGUGGGACUGGUACAAAAUGUGAGGUGCAAAACCAUGACCCAUUUUGCUUCUGUUUACCCAAGUGGACGGGAAACCCAAAAAUCGGUUGCAACCAGUUUGAUUGCUUAGAAAAUGCGGAUUGCAACCCAUUUGAUUGCUUAGAAAAUGCGGAUUGCAACCCAGCAGAAUCGUGCUUAAACAACAAAUGCGUAGAUGCUUGCAAACUCGACGGAAUUUGUGGGGCCAACAGCCAAUGUCAUAUGGAUAAUCACACUCCCACUUGCGGUUGCCUCCCAGAUCACACUGGGGAUCCUCGAAUUGGAUGCAACGCAAUGCAAUCCUGCUCAUCAAAUCAAGAGUGCCUCUCUCAAAUGAUUUGCACCUUCGGUGUUUGUUCAGGAAAAUGCUCGUCCUUGCGUGAUUGCUUGCCAGACCAAGCGUGUGUUAACGGAGAAUGUUUGACAAAGUGUUCCACCCAAUCCGGGUGCUUUGGUCAAACUCUAUGUCGAGGAGGUAUCUGUGUGGCCGAAGAUGGUUGUGCCAACGAAAAUGAUUGCGAUUCCUCGGAAACAUGCCAAGAAAAUUCAAUUGGAGUUAAAGAGUGUCGUAGUAUAUGCCUCAUUCCCAACAUUUGUGGCAAGAACGCUCUUUGCAGGGCAACAUCUCAUAACAGAGUUUGUGAAUGUCCCCCAGGAUUUCAUGGAGAUCCUUACAACGAAAAACUGGGCUGUCUUGCAAAAGAUUGCGAUCGGAACUCGGAAUGUCCGGGUGACGACAAAUGCGAAAACUACAAAUGUGUCAAGCCCGUCGAAAAAUCGUGUCUAGUGGAUCUAAAUUGUAAGGAGGAACAAUUUUGUGCACGUUCAGAGUGUCGAGACCCUUGCGAGCAACCCGGUGCCUGUGGUGUCAACGCUCUCUGUAGUGCUCGAAACCACCAGCAAAUGUGCUCAUGCCCUCCAGGGUUCACCGGCAAUCCCAUGGUUGAAUGCGUUCGAAUUCCGUCAACUUGCGCCACGGAUUCAAAUUGUCCAAUUAACAUGAAGUGCCAUUUGAGCAUCUGUAUGGCUAAUUGUGCCACCCACCACGAUUGUGCAAUCAAUGAGCGAUGUGACCAGGGCACUUGUCUAUUAACUUGUGGAGUAGACAACGAUUGCUUUUUGGGUCACGCAUGCUUGGAUCGAAUGUGUAAAGUAGGCUGUAGUACAAACAAGGAUUGCCCACAGUCUCAAAACUGCAUCAAGAAUCAUUGCCAAGACCCUUGUGAUUUGGAUCAUUGUGGCCCUAACUCCCAAUGUCAAGUGCUAAACCAAGAGGCUCAUUGCGUUUGUAGCCCAGGUUUUAUUCCAAACCCGUCCCCAGAAGUCGCUUGCACCAAGGUGCCAUCGUUUUGCUCCGGCAACAAACAAUGUCCAGAAAACUAUCUUUGUGUGGAGUCGUUUUGCAAAGCAGUGUGCCAAGUCGAUCAGGACUGCGACGUCAAUGAGCUUUGCCAUGGAAAGGUGUGCAAAGAAGUGUGCACUCAUGAUUCUCAGUGCCAGAGAACAGAAAUCUGCCAAGGGAUGGCUUGCAUAUCUGGCUGUCGCUCAAACUCAGAUUGUCCUGACACGCAGGGCUGCCAUGACGGCAAAUGCAUAGACCUCUGUCAGAUCAGCUUUUGUGGAGUAAACGCCAAUUGCCGCACCAAAGGUCAUACAGCUUUGUGCUCAUGUCCAGAUGGUAUGGAUGGCAAUCCCAUUGAGCGAUGCCAACCCAAGCGCGUGCAGUGCUCCUCGACGACACCCGAUUGCCCCAUUUCGUCCCAGUGUCAACAAGGAUUAUGUGUGCCAAGUUGUCAAUCGCCAAAAGAUUGCUUGCAAAACGAAAUUUGUCAUAACAAAACCUGUGUUCAAAUAUGUAGUGCUAAUUCCCAAUGCGAAGCAGGCUUAAUUUGCGCCAACCGCAAAUGUGUGCCGGGAUGUUCCGAAAAUGGCAACUGCAGCAGAAAUGAGGCCUGCAUUCAAGGGAAAUGCCAAGAUCUUUGCACCACUCAACGCAGGGACGUUUGUGGGAAAUGUUCCAAUUGUGAAAUGGACAAUCAUCAAAUCCGUUGUUCUUGCUCCCAAGGCACAGAAGGUGAUCCAUACAAUCAGUGCCGUCCAACGUAUUCAAAAUGUCUUGCCUCCCAACCAAACUCUUGUCCACCUGAAACAUCAUGCAAGAGUGGAUACUGCGGCAGAAAUUGCAAAUCAUCGAGGGAUUGUAGUUGUGGCGAGAUAUGUCAAGAAAAUGUGUGUUCUCAGCAAUGCGUACACUCCAAUGAAUGUCAAACGGGUACAGCCUGUUUUGGGGGCAUUUGCCAAGGAGGAUGUUCCACUGAUAGCGAUUGUCCCAGGGAUGAAUUUUGCAAAGAUCAAAAAUGUAGCAGCAUAUGCCACGAGAAAUCUUGCGGACCAAAUGAAUCGUGUCAGGUGAAUGCACGCAAACCUUUGUGCUUGUGCAACAAAGGCUUUCAGCGCUUAUCUUCCGGAGGAUGUACCAAGACUGAAUGCACGAAUCAUCAAGAUUGCUCGAAUGACAAAUCUUGUCAAGACGGCAAAUGCGUCAACGUGUGUCAUUCGUCAGAUUCUUGUGGCAAGAAUGCAGAGUGUCGUAUGCACAGCCACAAGAUAAAUUGUGCUUGCCCACCCGGAUUCUUUGGAAAUGCUCUCGAGGAGUGCUUUCAAGAUCAAGACGAUUGUUCUACGGGUCACGAAUGUGGUGAAAAUGCUCACUGUAUUGAUCAACUCGGAGGCCAUGACUGUCAGUGUUACCAAGGAUGUCAAGGGGACGCGUUCUUAGGCUGUCAAUGUCCGGAAACGAAGGUUACAUGCUCUUCAAUGACAUGUGGAACGAACGCUCUCUGUCAAGUGGAUGAGAAUAGUGACCCAAAUUGUUCGUGUCCAGAUGAGUUGCCUUUCGGAGAUCCUAACAUUCGAUGCGAAGCUAAUGAUAAAACUUGCAAGGCUGAUUACGAUUGCUCUCUGGAUAAGUUGUGCGUUAACGGGGCUUGUUUGAAUCCUUGCAAUCUUCGUGGCUCGUGUGGGGAAAACGCGAUCUGCAACGUUUUUAAUCACCGCCCUUUGUGCGAAUGCCCGGAAUGUUACAGUGGCGAUCCCAAUGAAAUGUGCAGCCCCUCUCCGAAUUGUCUCGCCCAGCCACACACGCCUGAGAAUCCCUCUGGUCGAGAAUGCGGUCGGGACGCUGAAUGUUCACUCAAUCAACAAUGUAUUCGUGGGGCUUGUGAAGAUCCAUGUGGAUCAUACAAAUGUGAAGACCAUGAGAGAUGCAUCACCAGAAACCACAAACCCACUUGCGUGUGUAAAGAAAAACUUUCCAUCAACUCAUUUGGAGAACUUGUUUGUCCGAAGCAGCUUAACCAAUGCCAGCGAGAAGAAGAGUGCCCUAACACGUUAACUUGUGAGCAAGGAUCUUGUCGCAACCCUUGCCGAGGUGUAUCAUGCCCUAAUGGCAAGUCUUGCCAAGUGUUAAACCAUCAACCACUUUGCAUCUGCACCAAGGGGUGCGAUGUAAGUGUAUCAGUUUGCUUAAACAACGGCGGCUGCCCUGCUAAUUUGGCAUGCCGGAAAUAUCAAUGCGUUAAUCCUUGUUCGGAUCAUCCUUGCGCACACGAUACUCCAUGCGUUGUUGAAGAUCAUGUUCCCGUCUGCAAAUUCUGUCCUCCCGGAUUCGUGAUUGAUGCAAACUACGGUUGCCUAGCCAAAGAAAGCUUUUGCCAAUCAAACCAAGAGUGUCCAUCCAAGCAGGCAUGUGAGAAUGGGCAAUGUCUAAAUCCUUGUCAAACAAAAAAUCCACCCUGUCUCAUCGAUGAAAAGUGCACAGUUUUCGACCAUCAACCUCAAUGUGUUCCCAUAGAAAUCCAAGGUUUAGAGUGCGAAAAUCAGGGAACUUGUUAUCCAGACCCAUGUUCAAUUUCACCGUGCGGUCAGGAUGCGAUUUGUAAUAACGUCCAAGGCAAUGCAGUCUGUCAAUGCCCACAAGGCACCAGAGGCAAUCCCUUAGAAGAGUGUGUUCCAGACGAAGUCUGUGGACCCACUACAUGUGGUCCCAACAUGAAUUGUCAAUUCAUCAAUGAAAGACCCCUUUGCACGUGCAAAAAAGGAUUUGUUCCAAAAUAUCCCGAGACAUUAGGAUGCGUCGAACCAGCGGACGACCCUUGUAUCCCUAACCCCUGUGGAGAAGAGGCCAAUUGCUUAGUUGUCCUCAACGAAAGGAGAUGCGUCUGCCCUCUAGGUUUCAUUGGUGACGCUAAUGUUCAAUGCAAACCCAACCAAGACACGAAAAUAGAUGUCUGCAGACCUUCACCAUGUGGUCCCAAUACUUUUUGCAAUGUCAAUGAAAAUCAGCAACCUUUGUGUACAUGCUGGGAGGGUUACUUUGGUGAUCCAGAUCAAGGAUGCCAGCCGGAAUGUUAUACUGACGAGGAUUGCUCAAGUGACGGGAGUUGCAAAAACUUGAAAUGUCAGGACCCAUGCCCUGGCUUCUGUGGAAUUGGAGCAGAAUGUGCAGUGUCUAACCAUAAGCCGACCUGCACUUGUAAGGAGUUCUUUAAGGGAGAUCCCUACCGACAAUGUGUACGUGAUGAUGCUCCCAAGCCUCCCAUCAGACCACAACCUGAAUGUCAGAGCAAUCAAAAGUGUUAUGAUUCAGAGAUAUGUGAUCAACAACGAUGUGUGAAUCCCUGCCCAGAGCGAUGUGCUGUCGACGCAGAGUGCCAAGUGAUAAAUCACCAGGUCCAAUGUACAUGCAAACCAGGCUACAAAGGAGAUCCUUACUAUCGAUGCUUUGAGUAUGUAAAACCACAAAUUGACGUACCGGAUUGUCGCCCCAACCCUUGUGGACCGAACUCAAUAUGUGAAGUUAAAUCUGACCGGGAGGUUUGCUCAUGUCAAAAGGGUUUUCUUGGGGGGCCACCAAAUUGCCGACCUGAGUGUGUACUUCAGCAGGAUUGCCCAUCAAAUCUGCAUUGCCUUCGCGGCAAAUGCGUUGAUCCUUGUGUCAAUACUUGCGGCCAAGAUGCUCAGUGUCAAGUUGUUCAACACAAACCAGUGUGCGUGUGUGCCGAUGGCACCACUGGCAAUCCAUACAAAAGAUGCCAACAAAUCAUAAAGCCUCCCAUUCGCCAACCUUGUAUACCUUCACCUUGUGGUCCCAAUUCGGAGUGCACACUCCUUGGGGGACAAGAGAAGUGUCGUUGCCGGGCCGGAUUUGUGGGGGACCCUCCCUUUUGUCGGCCCGAGUGUGUUUUAGAUGAUGAAUGCAACUCGAACCAUAUUUGUCAUCAAGACAAGUGUAUUGACCCGUGCAGUAACGUGUGUGGAAUCAACGCAAUAUGCCAGACAAAAAAUCACAAGGUGAUUUGUACUUGCCCGAAAGAAAUGAGAGGAGAUCCAUUCGACAUUUGCUUGCCCCAAGAAAUCGAACCUCUUGAGGCAGAUCCUUGUUCAGCUUGUGGGGUUAACGCCGACUGCAACGUUCGUCCCAACAAUCACACAAUUUGUUCCUGCCCCGAGGAAUACAUUGGCGACCCUUAUGUGGAAUGCCGACCUGAAUGCAUUACCAACGUGGAUUGCCCAGCCGAUCGCACAUGCUUAAGAAAUAAAUGUGUGGAUCCCUGCAUUGGGACUUGCGGCAAAGAGGCCGAAUGUACCGUCAACAAUCAUGCAGUUGUUUGCUUCUGUCCAAAAGAUACGACUGGAAAUCCAUUCGAAGUUUGUUUUCCCUACACGCCGCCUACAGAUCCAAUAGAGUCUGACCCUUGCGAAGGAAACCCAUGUGGCCCAUACAGUCGGAAGAAGGUGUUGAGAACUGGGGGCUGUGCUUGCUCAUGUGAACCGGGAACCAUCGGAGAACCGCCUAAUUGCCAACCAGAAUGCUUAAUAAAUAGUCAAUGUCCAUUGGAUAGGGCUUGCCAAGACCUCAGGUGCAAAGAUCCGUGCUUAGGCAACAUUUGUGGAACCAAUGCAUUGUGCAUUGUUAAAAACCACUUCUCGAUGUGUCAAUGUCCUUUUGGAUUUGGAGGCGAUCCUUUCGUGUCAUGCCAAAAAACUCCACCACCUCAGACGGAACCUUCAGAUCCAUGCAACCCAAACCCAUGUGGACCGAACUCUGUAUGUGACGAAAAACAAGGGGUAGCUGUUUGCAGAUGCCAAGAAUCAUUCUCUGGAAAUCCCCCUCAUUGCCGACCAGAAUGCACAGAUAACUCUGACUGUCCCAAUCAUUUAAUGUGUAAUGAGGAAAGGUGUGUGGAUCCUUGUUCAGGUGUCUGUGGACGAAAUGCUGAGUGUCAAGUCUUAAGGCAUCAACCGAUUUGCUCUUGUCCGAGUGACUUUAUUGGGGAUCCAUAUAAUGAGGGGUGCGUGCCUAAACUUGAAGGCAUCGAAGAGGAAACUUCACCUUGUGAACCGAAUCCCUGUGGGUCUAAUGCACAGUGUAUGGAGCAUGGCGUUUCUGCUACUUGUAAAUGUCUUGAAGGCUACAUAGGAGAUCCAUCUGUAUCCUGCAGACCAGAAUGUGUGUUGAAUUCUGAUUGCUCAAAAACGUUGGCAUGUAUUGACUAUAAAUGUCGUGACCCCUGCGAGCAGAACCAAGCUUGUGGAAUUAAUGCCAUUUGCAACGUCAUCAACCACAAAGCUCGCUGUUCGUGUCUGAACGAUUACAUAGGGAAUCCUCAAGUAGAGUGUCAUAAACCUCCGAGUGGCAUUAUCACUGAGGAAAUCCAAGACCCUUGCGCCCAGCAUCAGUGUGGCCCCAACAGUUUGAAACGAAAACGCAAUGGAUUCUGCAUGUGUUCUUGCUUACCAGGAUAUGUGGGAUCCCCUCCAGAAUGCCAGGCAAUUUGUGUUGUCAACUCGGAUUGUCGACCGCACUUGGCUUGUAUAAACAAUGACUGUGUUGACCCUUGCUUGCAAAGUCCUUGUGGGAGCAAUACCCAUUGUUAUGUUAAGCUCCAUCAACCCAAAUGUGAAUGCUUUCCCGGAUAUGAGGGUAACGCAAUCACUGGAUGUAACAAGGGGCCCAUAGGACUAAUUACGGAAGAAGAAAAAGACCCUUGUGAAGUGUGCGGAAAAAAUUCAAUCUGCUUGUUACAGAACAAUAUCGCUGCAUGCAAGUGCGAGGAAGGAUACGUCGAUAGGCCACCAAACUGCAGAAGAGAAUGUAUUAUUCAUGAAGAUUGUGCCAAACAUUUGGCUUGCAUUGGAUAUAGAUGCAUCUCUCCUUGCAAAGAUCAGUGUGGUCAAAAUGCUGAUUGCAGUGUUAACAAUCACAAUCCAAUUUGUCGGUGUUAUCCAGGAUACAUUGGAGAUCCGCUUGUCAAUUGUAAUUUGCCAAAGGUGCCCGAACCAAUCGACCCUUGUUACCCUGAUCCUUGUGGUAUAAACACGGAGCAUCGUCAAGCAGGAUCCAACUGUAUUUGUACAUGCUUACCAGGAUUUUACGGAGAUCCCUACACUUCAUGUAAUUUUGAGUGCAUCAAGCAUUCAGAUUGUCCAAUCAACAAAGCAUGCGUUUCAAACAACAGAUGCUCAGACCCUUGCAUUGGAAACUGUGGUGUUCGUGCUCUGUGCAAUGUGAUCAACCAUAGUGCAAUAUGCUCUUGCCCAGAGGGACUCCAAGGAGAUCCAUUUUUCAGAUGUGAUCCAGCCCUAGAGCCAGAGUGCACGUUUGAUACACAAUGUCCCUUGCAUGAGGCUUGCAUCCAGCAGAAAUGCCUUGACCCUUGCACAUCUCUCACAUGUGGGAGAGAGGCCAGGUGCUCUGUGGUUAAUCAUAAUCCCUUAUGUUCAUGCCCAUCACACCUAACUGGUGACCCUAACGUGGCGUGCAUUGAGAUUGGCUGUACCGCUGAUACUGCAUGUCCAAAUAAUGAAGCCUGCAUCCAGAGAGAGUGCCGAGACCCUUGUCCUUUCCAAGUGUGUGGUCUCAAUGCAGUCUGUCACACUCGAAAUCACAUCCCCACUUGUAUCUGUGAUGUUCAGUAUGAAGGCAACCCUUAUGACAGCUGCCAGCGGUAUGAGUGUAAAGUACAUGAGGAUUGUCCAACAACUCUAGCAUGUCGUAGCUUCAAAUGUGAAGAUCCUUGCAAUUGUAAUGCAGGAGAAGAAUGCAUAGUGACCAAUCAUCAAGCCAAGUGCACUUGCCCUCCUGGGUAUCAAAAUGACCUCUUUUCUGGUCUAUGCUCUCCAGCACUUGAAGCCACCAUUGAUGACUCUGGGUGCCAAACAGAUGCAGAUUGUCCAACCAAGCUGGCAUGCUUUGGUGGCAAGUGUAAAAACCCGUGUGUGCAAAAUGCACCAUGUGGCAUAAACGCAGAUUGUAAGGUCCAUGACACCCUCCCUAAGCGCUUAAUGACAUGUAAAUGCAAGGAUGGCCACGAAGGCGAUUCCUUGCAAGAAUGUAAAAUCCAAGUUGUUCCUGUGGAAAUUGGAUGUUCCUCUCACUCAGAGUGUCCUCCAUCGCAGUCAUGUGCAAAUGCAGCAUGUGUCAAUCCGUGCAUAGAAUCCAAUCCUUGCGCACCACUUGCACAAUGUUCUGUGAGAAAUCACCAAGCAACGUGCACCUGCCCACAAGGAAUGACCGGCGAUCCUUUCACUAAAUGUUUGCCAAGUAAGCAAUAAGAGGACGGUUGUAGAGAGCAAUUGAUAUUGCUGAUGGCUGAGAAGUAACAUGGAUUGAAUUGAAUUGUGAAACACAAUCAUGGUUUGCCUUUUAGUCGUGAGGGCUGUCUGUCAGACACUUCUUGCCAAGAUAAUGAGGCUUGCUACAAUGGCCAGUGCCAGAACCCUUGCUCCAAUCAGGAUAGCCCAUGCGGUUUAAACGCAGAAUGCGUUUCCAAGUAUCACAGAGCCAUCUGUAAAUGCAAAGAAGGCUGGGCUGGCAAUCCAUUUCAGGAAUGUUUUACUUAUGAAUGCCAAUCCAACAAUGAAUGUCCUCAAGAUAAGGCUUGCGUGGGGAAAAAAUGCCUUGAUCCUUGUCUCGAAACCUCAUGUGGUAACCGGGCACUCUGCAAGUCCUUUGCUCACAGAUCGCAUUGCUUUUGUCCUCCUGGAUUGCAAGGGAACGCCGUUGUUGGGUGCAUUGAAGUUGAAUGCCAGGUGCACAAUGAUUGCAGUCCUAGUCAGCAAUGCAACUUUGGCUUACAACAAUGUGAGUCAGUUUGCCUUGGCAACUCUUGUGCUGUUGGGGCUGUUUGUGAAGCCUUCAACCAUAAGAAACAAUGUUCUUGUUCCCCACCACUACUUGGCAAUGGCAAUGUCUAUUGUGGAACAAAACCCGUGCCGAUUGAAACUGAAUGUAAGAUUGACGGGGAUUGCCCAAGCAGACAUAGCUGCAUUAGAAGCCAAUGUGUGAAUCCUUGCCUUUUCAACAACCCAUGUACGGGUGAUUUGCAAUGCCAUGUCACAGAGUCAUUCAAUCACAUGACCUCAGUAGCAUGUAUUUGUCCCGCCGGAACGUUGAACGUUGGCCAAGACAGGUGUGAAAAAGUGACCGGAGUGACUGAAUGUACUGUCCACCAAGAUUGCGACGAUCCUGAUAUGUGUCAUGAGGGGAGUUGUCAGAAUGCAUGCUUGUUCAAAGAUUGCGGAACUAGGGCUGUCUGCUCUGCCACCUACCAUCAGGCACAAUGUUCUUGCCCUUCUGGUUUUACAGGGAAUCCGGACUUCCAAUGCACUCUUCCACCUCCUCCAAUUACUGAACCGGUUGCAUCCGGCUGCUCUAGUUCAUCGGAUUGUCCUGAUUUCAAUGCAUGUGUCAACAAAAGAUGUAUUAACCCAUGUGCCAAGGACAAUGUGUGUGCUCCCUUAGCCACAUGUGUCGUGAUUCGGCACAAACCAGAGUGCUCAUGUCCAAAUGGUUACAUUGGAUCCCCUGAGACCAGUUGUGAAAGACGUAAGUUAAUCAUCAUAACAAAGCAUGUGCUCAACUGGUACGUGAUCCGUCAUAAAGCAGAAUGUUCCUGUCCCGAUGGAUAUAUAGGUUCUCCAUUAACCAACUGCCAACUGCCUCCUCAGCCCGAGUGCACACGUGAUGCUCAGUGCCCUUUGCAUGAAGCUUGCAUCCAACAGAAAUGCCUGAAUCCUUGUGCAUCCUCGACUUGUGGCAGGGAUGCUAGUUGCUCUGUGGUGAAUCAUAAUCCGUUAUGUACAUGCCCCCCUUACCUUACUGGCGAUCCGAAUGUGGCUUGUAUUGAGACUGGUUGUAACACUGACUCCGAGUGCCCUAGUAAUGAAGCUUGUAUUGACCGGGAUUGUAGGGACCCAUGUCCAUUUGAGCGUUGCUGUGUCAAUGCCUUCUGCAGUACCCGAAACCAUAUCCCUACAUGCAUUUGUAACCCACAGUUUGAGGGAAACCCUUAUGUUGAAUGUAACCGAUAUGAGUGCAAGGUCCAUGAGGAUUGUCCAACUACUCUUGCAUGUCGUAAUUUCAAAUGUGUGGACCCAUGUAAUUGCAAAGCUGGUGAAGAGUGUAGCGUGACCAACCAUCAAGCCAAGUGCAGUUGCUCCUCAGGCUAUACUACCUAUCCUGUUACCGGUGUUUGUUCCCCUGCAUUGGAACCUAUUACUGAGGAAACUGGAUGUCAAAUGGAUGCAGAUUGCCCAAGCAAAUUGGGCUGCUUUGACGGGGAUUGUAAAAACCCUUGUUUCCAAAGUGCACCUUGCGGUAGUUAUGCUGACUGUAAAGUCUACAAUACUCUGCCAAAGCGUCUGAUGACAUGCAAAUGCAAGGAUGGUUAUGAAGGAAACGCUCUCCAGGAGUGCACACCCCAAGUUGUACCUGUGGAAUUGGGUUGCUCCACUAACGCCGAAUGCCCGCCAUCCCAGGCCUGUGUUAAUAAUGCUUGCAUCAAUCCAUGCACAGAAUCAAAUACUUGUGCUGCAAUUGCACAAUGCUCUGUUAGAAAUCACCAAGUAACUUGUUCAUGUCCUCAAGGCAUGACUGGUGAUCCCUUUUCUCAAUGUGUGCCAAGUAAGACAACCCACUUGUUCUCAAAAUGUCGAGAGAUCUUUCUCACGAUUGACUUUCAAACAAGCGUCAAUGGAUGUCAGUCAGACAAUGCUUGUCCUGAUAACGAAGCUUGUUACAAUGGUCAAUGCCAGAACCCUUGCUUAUAUCCAUGCAACUCAUGUGGCCUGAAUGCAGAAUGUGUGGCCAAAUAUCAUAAGGCCAUCUGCAAAUGUAGUGAAGGAUUGGCUGGCAAUCCCAUUCAAGAAUGCUUCACCUAUGAAUGCCAAUCCAAUGAGGAGUGUCCACAAGACAAGGCUUGUUUGGGGAAGAAAUGUGUAGACCCUUGCUUGCAAACAUCUUGUGGUCACCGUGCCUUGUGUGAAGUCACUAAUCAUCGCUCACAUUGCUUUUGUCCACCUGGACUACAAGGCAAUGGAAUGGUGAAUUGUUUUGAGGUGGAAUGCCAAGAGGAUAGUAAUUGUGCUUCCAACCAAUAUUGUCACCUAGGAAGGCAAGAAUGUGAAUUGGUGUGUCAAAGCAACUCUUGCGCCGUUGGGGCUGUUUGCGAAGCCUACAAUCACCAAAAGCAAUGCUCUUGCCCUUCCCCAUUGGUAGGCAAUGGAAAUGUCUAUUGUGGAACAACUCCGGUUCCCAUUGAGACGGAAUGCAAAAUAGACCAAGAUUGUCCAAGAAGGCAAAGCUGCGUCAGAAACCAAUGUGUAAAUCCUUGCCUUUCCAACAACCCUUGCACUGGUGAACUGCAAUGUGAAGUGACCGAGCUUUUCAAUAGCAUGACCAUUGUGGCAUGUGUAUGCCCACCUGGCACCCUUAACAUUGGCCAACACAAUUGCCAGAAAGUGAGUGGAGUGGCCGAGUGCACCACACACCAAGAAUGUGAGGAUGCUGAGGUCUGCCACGAAGGAAGCUGCCAAAAUGCAUGCCAGUUCAAAGAUUGUGGAAUCAAUGCCCAAUGCUUUGCCAAUUACCAUCAGGCUCAAUGCUCAUGUCCGUCUGGUCUGACUGGCAAUCCCAAUUUCAAAUGUUUGCCUUUACCUCCUCCAAGCAUUGAACCAGUAGCAUUGGGUUGCUCCAGUGACUCUGAUUGUCCAGACUACAAUGCAUGCAUCAAUGAGAAGUGCAUUAACCCUUGUGCCAAAGACAAAGCAUGUGCUCAACUGGCUACUUGCAUUGUGAUCCGUCAUAAAGCAGAAUGUUCCUGUCCCGAUGGAUAUAUAGGUUCUCCAUUAACCAACUGCCAACUGCCGGACGUGCCAGAAUGCUUGAUUGAUCCAGAUUGUCCCCUACAUGAGGCUUGCAUCAAUGAGCGUUGCCUUGACCCUUGUACUUCUCACGUUUGUGGUAUAAAUGCUGGAUGUGCUGUACAUACACAUGUGCCUCUUUGCAGUUGCAAUCUAGACUUCAUUGGUGAUGCAUACACGAUUUGUUACAAAGCUGGCUGCAGGCGCAACUCAGAUUGUGGCGAUUCAGAGGCUUGUAUCAACGAGCGAUGCCAAGAUCCCUGCCCGUUUGAAAAAUGUGCAAUCAAUGCCGUCUGUUCAGCAAAAAAUCAUUUCGCUACUUGUGCUUGUUUGGAAGGUUUCGAAGGUGAUCCUUACGAUCAAUGCAAUCGAUAUGAAUGUCUUGUUGAUUCCGAUUGCCCCUCAAAUCUGGCAUGCCCAAAUCGCAAAUGUGAGGAUCCAUGCCAGUGUGCUGCUAAUGCCGAAUGUUCAGUUCAAAAUCAUGUAGCGAGCUGUUUCUGCCUGCCUGGCUUUUCUGGGGAUGCCUAUUCAAGGGGAUGCCUUCCUGCUCUAGAACCAGUGGUCGAAGAUAGCCUUUGCCAAAAUGACGCCAAUUGUCCCAGUCAGCAAGCUUGCUUUGACGGAGACUGCAAAAAUCCGUGUCUCUUUUUGAACCCUUGUGGUGCACAUGCUAUUUGCACAGUGUACAACACUCUGCCUAAAAGAACCAUGGCAUGCGAUUGUGAAGCAGGCUAUACUAGUCAAGGCAACAGAGCUUGUAAUCGAGAGGUUGAACCCCUUGAAAUUGGCUGCUCAACUCAUCAAGAUUGCCCCGUAUCCCAAGCAUGUGAAGGUCGUUCUUGCUUGAACCCUUGUAUGCAAACCAACCCUUGUGCCCAAAACGCUCGCUGUCAUGUUCAAGAUCAUUUCCCUCAAUGUGUUUGUCCCCAAGGCAUGACCGGGGAUCCAUAUCAAUCCUGCUUGCCAAUUGUUGUUGGCUGCAAGGCAGAUGAUGAGUGUCUUACUCACGAGUCUUGCCACAAUGGCCAAUGUCAGAAUCCUUGUGCCUAUCCUCAAGACCCUUGUGGUUUGAAUGCUGAGUGCGAAGCCUUGAACCAUAGGGGAGUGUGUAGGUGUCCCACGGGAUGGUAUGGGAAUCCAUCAUCUGAAUGCUAUCAAUAUGAGUGCACCCAAAAUGUUGAUUGUCCGAGUACUAAAGCUUGCAAAGCCAACUCAUGCACCGACCCUUGCCUUCAAACAAAUUGUGGUGAUCGAGCUCUUUGUAGCGUGGAACUUCAUCAACCUUUGUGUACUUGUCCCGUUGGGUUGCAAGGAAACCCAUACCUUCAAUGCUCGGACGUGGAAUGCCGAAGGGAUGAGGAUUGCAACUUUGAUGACAUGUGCAAUCUAAGCACUCAGAAGUGCGAGCCAGUAUGCUUUCCACAAGCCUGCGUCACUGGAGCUGUGUGCGAAGGAAAGCACCACCGCAAGAACUGCUUUUGUCAGCCGCCAUUAAUCGGCAAUGGCAAUGUGUACUGUACCAUUAAGCCUGAUCCCAUUGAGAACGGAUGUCAAGUUGACCGUGAUUGCCCUUCGCAGCAUGUGUGCAUAACCCGAGGACGUUGUCAAAACCCUUGUUCUACGCAAAACCCAUGUUCACCCAGUCAGAUUUGCGAAGUCAAAGAUACUUUGCCGUCCAGAACCGUGAUUUGCAUGUGCCCGCCUGGGUUAAAAGUGAAGGAAAGUGGAUGUGGACAAGACAAUCCUCUGCCUGAGUGCAUGAAAGACGUCGAUUGUAGACAAGAUGAAGUUUGCUUUGAUCAAUCUUGCCGCGAUGCUUGUGCUGCAUACCCGUGUGGGUCAAAUUCUUUCUGUGAAUCUCGAAGUCAUGCCCGUGUUUGCGUUUGCGUUGCUGGAUUUGUGAAAGACGAUCAUGAUGAAUGUAUUUUUGGUAAGAGUUUGUUGCUUAUGGAUUUUUGUACUGUGCCGUGUUUCACCAAGUGUUUAUUUUUAGAUUCGGUUGCCCGACCUCCACUUAUAGCGGUUGGAUGUUCAAGUAACAAUAAUUGUGCUGAUUUCCAUGCAUGUGAGAAUCACAUGUGUGUGGACCCUUGCAUCAACGAUCCUUGCGGAGAUUUUGGAGCGUGCAGGAUCCACCGGCAUGAAAUUUCCUGUGCCUGCCCAAGUGGCUUUUUGCCUGAAGAGGGUUUAUUGUCUGAAGAAGGAUUACAUUGCAAGAAACCUCUAGAACCAGUGGUCGAAGAUAGCCUUUGCCAAAAUGACGCCAAUUGUCCCAGUCAGCAAGCUUGCUUUGACGGAGACUGCAAAAAUCCGUGUCUCUUUUUGAACCCUUGUGGUGCACAUGCUAUUUGCACAGUGUACAACACUCUGCCUAAAAGAACCAUGGCAUGCGAUUGUGAAGCAGGCUAUACUAGUCAAGGCAACAGAGCUUGUAAUCGAGAGGUUGAACCCCUUGAAAUUGGCUGCUCAACUCAUCAAGAUUGCCCCGUAUCCCAAGCAUGUGAAGGUCGUUCUUGCUUGAACCCUUGUAUGCAAACCAACCCUUGUGCCCAAAACGCUCGCUGUCAUGUUCAAGAUCAUUUCCCUCAAUGUGUUUGUCCCCAAGGCAUGACCGGGGAUCCAUAUCAAUCCUGCUUGCCAAUUGUUGUUGGCUGCAAGGCAGAUGAUGAGUGUCUUACUCACGAGUCUUGCCACAAUGGCCAAUGUCAGAAUCCUUGUGCCUAUCCUCAAGACCCUUGUGGUUUGAAUGCUGAGUGCGAAGCCUUGAACCAUAGGGGAGUGUGUAGGUGUCCCACGGGAUGGUAUGGGAAUCCAUCAUCUGAAUGCUAUCAAUAUGAGUGCACCCAAAAUGUUGAUUGUCCGAGUACUAAAGCUUGCAAAGCCAACUCAUGCACCGACCCUUGCCUUCAAACAAAUUGUGGUGAUCGAGCUCUUUGUAGCGUGGAACUUCAUCAACCUUUGUGUACUUGUCCCGUUGGGUUGCAAGGAAACCCAUACCUUCAAUGCUCGGACGUGGAAUGCCGAAGGGAUGAGGAUUGCAACUUUGAUGACAUGUGCAAUCUAAGCACUCAGAAGUGCGAGCCAGUAUGCUUUCCACAAGCCUGCGUCACUGGAGCUGUGUGCGAAGGAAAACACCACCGCAAGAACUGCUUUUGUCAGCCGCCAUUAAUCGGCAAUGGCAAUGUGUACUGUACCAUUAAGCCUGAUCCCAUUGAGAACGGAUGUCAAGUUGACCGUGAUUGCCCUUCGCAGCAUGUGUGCAUAACCCGAGGACGUUGUCAAAACCCUUGUUCUACGCAAAACCCAUGUUCACCCAGUCAGAUUUGCGAAGUCAAAGAUACUUUGCCGUCCAGAAUCGUGAUUUGCAUGUGCCCGCCUGGGUUGAAGCUUACUGGCGAUGGUAGUUGUGUCACUGCCCAACCGAAACCCCAAUGUUACACUCACCUUGAUUGUCGGGUCAGCGAACAAUGUCACCUUGGAAAUUGCAUCGACGUCUGCUUGGUUGAAGAGUGUGGUACUAUUUCCAUUUGUGAACCCACAUAUCACGAUGCUCGUUGUGUAUGUCCUCCUGGAAUGUCAGGAGACCCCUAUAAUGCCUGCAAAUUUGACAUUCCUAACGUUCCUGCACCAUUGGAACCCGUUUGCACUUCAAACUCUGACUGUCCCUUGCACAAAGCUUGCAUCAAUGGAAUAUGCCGUGAUCCGUGUGCUGUUUCUAACCCUUGUGCGUCGCUUGCUUAUUGCAAAGUCGACUCGCACAAGGCUCAAUGCACUUGUCCUCCAGGUUAUUCCGGGGAGCCGACUCAAGUCUGUGUCCCGCCAUCGACUCUCAUCGGAUGCAAGUCCAAUAAUGAAUGUAGAGGAGAGCAGGCUUGCUUGAGCACGAAAUGCGUGAGCCCAUGUAAUUGUGGAGUCUCUGCUCUUUGUGAAGUCAUCCAACACACCCCUAUUUGCUAUUGUCCACCAAACAUGUCAGGCGAUCCAGAGAAGGAAUGUGUAAAAUUGGAGUGCCAAAUUGAUAAUGAUUGUUCAGAGACCCAAAGAUGUCACAAUUUCCGGUGCAUUGACUCCUGCCUCAUCAACAACGAAUGUGGAUUAAACGCAGAUUGCAUUUCUCGACGGCAUCAAUCUACAUGUCAAUGCCGGGUCGGAUAUCAAGGAGAUCCAUUUCAGGAAUGUGUUUCCUAUGAAUGCCAAACAAACGUGGAUUGUCCCACUGACAAAUUUUGCUUACGAAAGCAAUGUCUAGAUCCUUGCGUGGUGAACGAUCCUUGCGGCAAAAAUGCUCUUUGCAUUGUUGGACAUUAUAGUGCCUCUUGUCAAUGUCCCCCAGCAACCGUUGGAGACCCCUUCAUUGAAUGUAUAACCCCACCACCUCCGUUUGAGGAAGUUUCUGUCGAAUGUGAGGUCGAUUCAGAUUGCGGGUCAGGCUUGGCUUGUAUCAACAACUCUUGCCAAAACCCUUGUUCAACCAUUGAUCCAUGUGAUAAGUCGGCAGUUUGUAGUGUAGUGGACACUGCCCCGUUCCGGACCAUGGUUUGCAAAUGCCGAGUUGGAUGGGUUCCAGACUCCAGCAGGUCAUGCGUGUCGCUCGAGAUUGACAAUAUCGCAGGAUGCGUCAAGGAUGACGAUUGCCCAGUUAAUACUGCUUGCAUCAACCGACUUUGUAAGGAUCCUUGCGAUUGUGGGAAAGGAGCAGAUUGUUACCUCUCUGGACAUAGGCCGGUUUGUCGAUGUCCUCCUGGUACUGAGGGAAAUCCAGCUGUUGAAUGUAUUCCCAUUGGUUGUCGCAGUGAUUCUGAAUGCGAGGAUAGUGAUGUUUGUGGAUCCAAUGGUCAUUGCGUCUAUUCCUGUCUGAUGAACAAUCCAUGCGGACCUAAUGCAGAGUGCUAUGCUCAUAGCCACCAAUCACAUUGUCGAUGCUUGCCCGGCUUUGAAGGCAAUGCAUUUUCCGGUUGCUUUCCUGUCGGAUGCAAGUCGAAUUCAGAGUGUCCUCUUGCUAUGGCUUGCUACUCAGGCGACUGCUUAAAUCCAUGUGUGAGGGAUAAUCCAUGUGUUGCCCAUGCACAGUGCCUGGUGAGCAUGCAUAUCGCCCAAUGUCGCUGCGUUGUUGGAUACACUGGGAACGGACAAGUAAAUUGUUCACCGUUGCCCGAACCAGAGUGCGUUGAAGAUUCGAAUUGUCCUUCUAAGAUGGUUUGCUUGAACGAAAAGUGCAUUGACCCUUGCGUUGUUCUGGAUCCUUGCACAAAGCCAGCCACGUGCGAUGUUGCAGACACGUUUCCCAUUCGAAGGAUUUUAUGCCAAUGUCCAAACGGAUUUUACACAAAUGAGGACAAUAUUUGCCUUGAAUUGAACCCUAUUGUAGUAGGUUGCACUUCCAACGAUGAUUGUGGGGAUCCAAAAGCUUGUGUCAAUGCCAUGUGUAAAGACCCUUGCGCUUGUGGCCCAAAUGCUUUGUGUAGCAUUGAUAAUCAUCAUCCUGUGUGUACUUGCAGGGACGGCUUCUAUGGAGAUCCAAAGAUAUUUUGCAAGCAGAUUGGAUGUCAAAAAGACUCCGAAUGCGAGAGUACACAUGAGUGCAUCAAUGGGGAUUGUAGGCCAGUUUGCGGUCCAAACAAUCUCCCAUGUGGAGGCGAUGCUCUUUGCCAAGGAAUCGCUCAUCAAUAUGUGUGCUCUUGCCCCCCAGGGUCUGAUGGAGAUCCGUAUGUGGCCUGUCUCUCGGCAGAAUGUACAGAUAAUUCAGAGUGCCCCCCUGACAAAUCGUGCAUCAACAAACAAUGUCAAGACCCUUGCGCAAUAAGUGACCCAUGUGCCGACAGUGCUCAAUGUAUUGUAAAAAAUCACCAAACUGAUUGCUCAUGCCCUCCUGGAUAUGAAGGCUCACGUGGGAAUGCGUGUCAAUUAGUGGUCACUGGAUGCAUCAGAGAUGAGGAUUGUCCAAAACAAAAUGCUUGUAUUGCCAAAACGUGCCAAAACCCGUGUCUACUUGCCGAACCUUGUGGAAUUAACGCGGUUUGCACAGUUCUGGAUACAUUACCGGUCCGGACGAUGACAUGCAGGUGCUUACCCGGAUUUCAGGGUGAUGCCUCCGUUGAAUGUUCUCCAGUGAAAACAUGCCCAGUGGGAUCUGGUCUCAUUUUGAAUGACAUCGAUGAAUGUGUUUGCCCUGUGGGUUACAUCUUAGACUUUCAAGGUGUUUGUAAGCCUUGCCGAUUCGAUUUGGGAUUCAUUGUCGAACAAGGGCGCUGUAUUUGUGAUUCCACAAAGAAUCUGGUUUUGGAUGUUAGCGGCAAAAAGUGCAUCUGUCCUGACCAACACUUCUUGAAUGACAACGGAAUUUGUGAAGAAGAGCCUGAGUGCCGAGUUGAUCCACAAUGUAACACGUUUGAAUAUUGUGAGCAAUUCAACCAGACUUGCAACGAUCCUUGCCUGAAGUGGCCUUGCGGCAACUUUUCAUAUGGAACGCCAAUCAAUCAUCGAUGCAGUUGUACCUGUAUUGAAGGUUACACUGGUGACCCAAACAUUGCUUGUUCUCCAAUCAUUGUCCCCAAACCUCCUCCAGUGGAUAUUGAUCGUCCAGAAAUCAUUGUAAAUUGCCUAGCAGAUGGGGUGGGCGUGAGCCUUUUCAUAUCUGACCCUCGGUAUCAUGGUCUCGUGUAUGUAAAAGGACACAGCACGGAUCCCAAUUGUCGUUUGCAAGUUGAUGAGGACCAAGCAAAAAGUAUUAUUGACUUUAAUGUCAAAUUUGGGACUUGUGAUCUUGCUUAUGACGAAAGUGGCUACGCUCACUUCAUUUUGGUCAUAGGUCAUGCCAAACUUAUGACCUUCAAAUCCCAAGCCUAUCGAAUCCGUUGCAUUUACGACACAGGCGACCGUAACAUCAAUUUGGGUUUCAAUGUGUCGAUGCUGACGACUGCAGGGACCAUUGCUAAUACUGGCCCCCCUCCAACCUGUACCAUGAGAAUUUGUAACUCGAAUGGUGAUGACAUUGCUCAGGCCGAAAUUGGCGACACUCUAAUGCUGAAGGUGGAGGUCAGCCCUGGCGAAAUCUACGGAGGCUUUGCCCGAAAUUGUAUUGCUCGAACAGUUGAUGAAUCGGAUGAUGAAACGGUGUACACAGUUACUGAUGAUAACGGAUGUGCAACAGAUCCAUCAAUCUUCCAUGAUUGGAAUUACAAUAGGGAAAAAGGCUACUUGAGUGCAGUAUUUGACGCCUUUAAGUUUCCCAACAGUAACACCAUCAAGUUCAAGUGCAACAUUCGAGUUUGCUUUGGACAGUGCCAACCUCAAAACUGCGCGGGGAGGAACGCUUUUGGACGGCGCAAGAAGAGAGAAUCUGAGCAUGAAAUUGAAGGAACAGUUUACACCGGACAGCUUCGAGAAGAAAUUCAAGUUCAUUCGAAUGCCAUUUUGACUAUCGAAAGAAAGGCUAAGAAACUUCAAGACAAUCUCCAAAGCCGUCAAAUUGGCAAUGAGGAGGUCUGUGUUUCGAAGAUUGGAUUCAUCAUUGCCUUAGUUAUAACAGCCCUCCUUGCCUUAGUGGCUGUUGCCAUUGCUGUUUCUUGUUGGUUGAUGGCAUAUCGUAGAAGACCAAGAACUGAUGGUCCACUCCCACAUCCUCCUGAAUUUCCCAAUCCUUUGUUCACUACUCCAGAGCCAUUAGCCGAACCAACUCCAGAUUAUCUGCAUUAGUUCAGCGAACUUAUGCACUACAUUUGUGUCAAAGAAAUUGGAUGCCUUGAAGCAUUCAUCAUUACAUUAUUUAAUCAAUCAGAAAAAGAAAACCAUCUGUGAUAUUAGCAUUAAGGAUAAUUUUAACACAAAUCAUGUAGAAGAGGUUCCUCCUAUUUCAUGUAUGAAGUUACGUCUGUUACAUUUUUCAGCAUACCUUAUAUUCUUAUGAAACUAUGACACCAUGACACCAUGACACGGCAAAUGUCAAAUAAUAACCUUAUGACGAAAUAAAUGACGUAUCCAGCCAGA